AUGCAUUGGAAUAAUGAGCGGAUCAUACGAGAUCAUUGGAGCGCUGCUGUCUUGGACCUAGUGACGCAUUUCGGGCCGGAAAAUGUUUAUAUCUCCAUUGUCGAGGGUGGCAGCUGGGAUGACACAAAGGGUGCUUUGAGAGAAUUGGAUCUGGACCUCGAGAGGAUGGGGGUAGAGAGGGGAAUCGAAAUGUUCAACGCUACACACAAGGAUGAAAUUGAGAGGACACGAGACCCAGCAGAGGAGGGUUGGAUAUGGACAAGUAGGGGAAGGAAGGAAUUACGGCGGAUACCAUACCUGGCUGGGAUACGUAACCGGGUGAUGGACAAGUUGAGAUAUCUUGCGGAAAGGACGGAUGGCCGUGGGAAGCUGCAUUUUGAUAAGAUCCUCUGGUUGAAUGAUGUUAUCUUUACAACCGAAGACGUUACCACAUUGAUUGCAACAAGGGAGGGCAACUAUGCUGCAGCCUGUUCACUCGACUUCUCCAAACCCCCUCUAUACUACGACACCUUUGCGCUUCGCGACAUCUCAGGUGGAGAAACAGUCACUCAAACUUGGCCUUUCUUCCUCUCCGCGGAAUCACGGAAUGCGAUAAUCUUUAACUCUCCGGUACCUGUAAAAUCCUGCUGGAAUGGCAUGGUUGUCUUUCAGGCAGAUCCGUUUUACGACGAUCCACCACUGCGCUUCCGAGGGAUACCAGAUAGUCUUGCCCUCCAUCACCUGGAAGGCUCUGAAUGCUGCCUUAUCCAUGCCGAUAAUCCGUUAAGCGCGACACAUGGUGUUUGGCUCAACCCGAAUGUAAGGGUCUCAUACAACCCCGAGGCUAGCAAGCAGGUGCAUCCGGCCUCGGGAUCAUGGCCAGGUCGCAGAGAGAGGUUGGUGGGCAUGUGGAGCAAUAGAUUGGCGCGAUGGACUAGGAUUCCACGGAGAUUUGUGGAACGAUACGUCGUAAACAGGAGAGUUCGGGUGUGGCGGGAUGAGACGCAUCGGAAAGGCCAAGACGAUAACCAUGAUGGGACGUACUGCAUGAUUAACGAGAUGCAAGUUGUCGUCCAGAACGGGUGGGCUCACAUAUAA